AUGUCGCAUCAAGCCAUGUCCAUGGAGGCGAUGCUAGACGAGGAGCGUAGGGAGGUCCUGGCCUUGCUCGAGAGGCGCCCCGCCGCUAGGAGGUCCGACAGCGCCAACGACGUGCGGUCCUCGUCCCCCUUCACCACUCCUCGGUCGCCGGUCCGGAGCAUGCUCGACAUCGGCGGGCCCGUGCCCGCGCCCGCGCCCGCGACCCGCAGCCUGCUGGACGUCGACAGCCCGCCCCCGUCGGCCACGAGACAGACCUUCAGCGAGCGCGGCUCCUCGCCCGAGGGCUCGGUGCUGUCGCACACCCGGAGCAUGUCGGACGCCGCGUCCAAGCCGCCCGCCGACCUGGGCCCCUGGUCGACGUCGCGCAGCAAGGACCCCACCGCCGCCUACCAGUUCUCCGACAUCAUCACCAGCAAGUCGGGCCCGGCGCUGCCCAAGCGGGUGAGCCAGGGAGGCAAGCGCGCCAGCAACUCGAUGGCCGAGCUGCUGCGCAGCGGGGACCUGUCGAACCUCGUGUUCCCCGGCGAGAGGGGUAGGCACUCGUCCACCGGCGGCGCCACGGGCAGACCCGGCGCCGCCGGCGGAAAGUCCAAGUCUCCCCACAACCGCCUGGGCGUCCGCUCGCAGUCCCCCGCGCUGCUCUCCGGGCGGCAGCUGAGCCCGGCCGGGCGGGCCGUGCUCGACGACGGGCGCACGGUGGACAUCAACCACGCCUACAGGCGCCUGUCGGACGCGAACCUCGCCUGGGGCGGCGGCAGUCUUAGCGAGCUGGCGCGGAGGAAGCAGUCGGAGGAGCAGUCCAACACGGGCCGGCUGGCUAAGGUCUACUUCACGCCCGACGGAGAGGCCCUCCCGGAGGAGAGCAGCGACGACGACGGGCCCAGUUCGACGGACGAGGAAGGCGAGCGUGGCAGGAAGACGGAGCGCCCCUCGACCGGCUCGGACCCGGAUCCCGCCUUGACCAAGGAGGCCCGGAAGACGCUCAGCCUCCUGGCGGCUGCCGAAGAAGAGAGGAAACAGGUGGCCGCGUCGCAGCCGGCGUACAAGUACAGGUCGCUCUUUGACGAGCCAGAGAUCACGGUCACGAACCCGUCCGGGGAGAAGGUCAAGCAGGACAAGUCUGGGGUGCAUCCGUCUACGAGCUUCGAUGUGCCGUCGAGGUCUGGGUCCCGCACGCCGAUGGACUCGGAGGAGGAGCAGGACUACACGGACAUCAAGCGGGCGCAGAAGCUGUCGUUCUCGACGACGCCCGUCAUGUCGAACCCGGACACGCACCGGGCGAUCCGCAUCAUCUACCGGGGCGACUACGGCAAGAUCCAGAAGGAGGCCGAGGAGGAGCACAUGCGGCUGCGCAAGUACCUGGUGGCGACGGACAUGAGCGAGGAGUCGACGCACGCGCUCGAGUGGGCGAUCGGCACGGUGCUGCGCGACGGCGACACGCUGAUCGCGCUGUACUGCGUCGACGAGGAGACGGGCAUCGUGACGGGCGACGGGGCGCUGGUGCCCGACGAGCCGGGCGCCAUGAAGGAGCAGGCGGCGGCCAUCAACGCCGUGGCCAACAACAACAACAACAACACCAACAACAGCAGCACGGCGGCGGCGGCGGCGGCGGGGUCGGGGUCGGGGUCGUCGUCGGCGCCGCCGUCGACGACGCAGCUGCCGCUGAUGACGCUCGGCGGCGCGGCGGGGGGCAGGCCGCUGACGCGGGCGCAGGAGCUCUCGCAGGUGGCGUCGUCGCCGGCGCCGAGCGUGCGGGAGCGGUCCAAGGCCGAGGAGGAGCGGUUCCGGGCGAUCCAGGACAUCACGGAGCGGGUGACGAAGCUGCUGCGCAAGACGAGGCUGCAGGUGCGCGUCAUCGUCGAGGUGCUGCACUGCAAGAACCCCAAGCAUUUGAUUACGGAGGUCAUUGACGUGGUCAACCCGACGCUGGUGAUCCUGGGCAGCCGCGGGAGGAGUGCUCUGAAGGGUGUCAUCCUGGGGUCCUUCUCCAACUACCUGGUCACCAAGAGCUCGGUGCCCGUCAUGGUGGCGCGCAAGCGGCUGCGGAAGCAGGGCAAGUACAAGCGGCCGGCCGUCAACCAGGUCAACAACCUGAGCAACCCGACGGCCAAGUCUCUUGCGAGCGCGAAGAUUGACUAA